AAAACAGAAUUGCUGCGACUUGAUCAGUGAAUCAUCUGGUGGAAGUGGGAACACGCGGAGAAAGAGCGGGGAAGAGGGACCGGAGAUGAAGACUUCGAAAGCAUUUUGACUUGAAAAUCAGCUCCCCGUAAGUGUAGCUAAAGCUCUCUCUCUCUCUCUCUCUCUCUCUCUACCAGGCCAGCAUUCUUUAUUGCGAUUUGUGGAUUAAAAAAAUCGGAAACAGUCAUGGCAGAAGCACUAAUCCAAGUAGUUGUGGAGAAUCUCAAUUCUCUGAUCCGAAGAGAGUUGGGAUUGCUAUUGGGCUUCCAAAAGGAAAUGGAAAACCUAUCCAGCUUGCUCUCAACCAUUCAGGAUGUUCUGGAAGAUGCAGAGGAGAAACAGAUGAAAGAUAAGGUCCUCCGCAACUGGCUGCUAAAGCUGAAUGCUGCUGCUUAUGAAGUGGAUGAUAUCUUGGAUGAUUGCGCAACUGAAGCCUCCAAGCUUCAAAACAAACACCAAACAUUCAUCAAACGCCUGGUAAGUAAUCCUGUGGGGAACAUUUUGUUUUGUCACAGGAUUGGGAAAAGAAUGGGAGCAGUGAUAGAAAAACUGGACGCCAUAGCUGAGGAGCGGAUUAAGUUCCAUUUGAGGGAAAUAAGUGAUAGGAUGCCAGUUUAUGAAACGCGUGAGACUGGAUCAAUCUUGAUGCAGACGAGUAUCUUUGGAAGGGAUCAAGAUAAGGAGAGAAUUAUAGAGAUAUUGGUUGAUGAAACAAGUGAUUGUGAACAUGUUUCAAUCUUACCCAUAUUAGGAAUUGGGGGUUUAGGAAAGACUACCCUUGCCCAGAUGGUUUUCAAUGACCAAAGGGUGUUUGGACACUUUGAUCUAAGACUUUGGGUAUGUGUUGCAAGUGACUUUGAUGUCAAGAGAUUAAUAAAGGAAAUUUUAGAAUCCGCCACUAGGAAUGGUUCUGAUGCAUUGAGACUAGAUCCUCUACAGAGAAGCCUUCAAGACUUGUUAAAUCAAAAAAGAUUCUUACUUGUGUUGGAUGAUGUAUGGGAUGGGGAUCAAGAUAAGUGGGAUAGCUUGAAAGAUGUUCUUGCUUAUGGAGCAAGAGGAUCUUCUAUUAUAAUCACUACUCGUCUUGAGAAGGUUGCAAUGAUUGUGGGGACUCUGCCUACUUAUUGUUUAUCCGGUUUGUCAGACGAAGAUUGUUGGUCGCUUUUCAAACAGCGUGCAUUUGGGAAAGAAACAGAAGGAGGAGCUAGACUAGAGGAAAUUGGUAGGGAAAUUGUGACAAAAUGUGGGGGUGUACCUCUAGCUGCAAAAGCUCUUGGAGGAUUUAUGCGUUUUAAGAAAGAAGAGAAGGAAUGGUUAUUAGUAAAAGAAAGUGAAAUUUGGAACUUGCCACAAGGGGAGACUUGUAUUUUGCCUGCCCUCAGAUUGAGUUAUCAUAAUCUUCCUUCUGAGUUGAGAAGAUGUUUUGCAUAUUGUUCUGUAUUUCGCAAGAGAACUGCAAUUAAGAAGGAAAAGCUGAUUCAUCUUUGGAUAGCGAAUGGAUUCAUUUCAUCCCGUGGAAGUUUGGAAAUUGAGGAGGUUGGAAAUGAGAUGUGGAAUGAGUUGUACCUCAGAUCCUUUUUCCAGGAUGUGCAGAAGAAUGACUUUGGAGAGGUUACUUUUGAAAUGCACGACCUCAUUCAUGACCUUGCCCAUUUUGUGAUGGAGGGCAGCCGGAUUAGCCAGCAGAUGUUACUCAGAGAUCAUUAUCUAUCACUACCACUUGUUAUCACAACUCAAAUACUUAAGGAGCCUUCAAAAUUCAGUCCCCUUCGAGUGUUGGAUGCAAGUUGGCAAUUGGAAAAAAUCACAAAAGUACCAUCUGCAAUUGGCAGUCUUUAUCACCUAAGGUACUUAAGUUUUUCGCACACCAGAAUUCAAAUGUUGCCUGAUAGGAUAUGUGAUCUCUGGAAUUUACAAAUUCUAAAUCUGGAUUUCUGCCGUGUGCUUCAAAGUUUACCCAAGCGCAUUUCUCGCCUUAAAAAUCUCCGGCAUCUUUGCUUGUUAGGUUGUCCCCUAAUUGAAAUGCCCCCCAGUAUUGGUCAGUUAACUUGCCUAAAAACAUUAAACAUGUUUGUUGUUGGCAAACAAAGAGGUUUUAAGAUUAGUGAAUUGCGAGACUUGAAUCUUGGAGGUAUUCUUCAUAUCACAAACCUGGAGAAAGUCGAAAGCUUUGAGGAUGCAAAAGAGGCGAAUUUAGGAGGAAAACAGGAUCUUCGACACUUGUGGUUGUCAUGGGAUUCUGAAAAAGAUACUAGUAGUAAUGCACAUAUUCAUCAUGAUCAUGACAUACUUAAUUGCCUUGUUCCUCAUUCCCAACUUCAUUCUUUUAGGAUAUAUGGCUUCAGAGGGACAACAUUUCCAUUUUGGAUGAGCAGUCCAAUAAUGAAGGAUGUCAUCGAAAUAUGUCUACUUAACUGCAAAAAUUGUUCCAACCUUCCACUACUUGGGGAGCUACCUUUAUUGAAAAUUUUGAAUUUAGUAGGACUUCCUAUUGAGUAUGUUGACAAUGAAUUCCCUGGCCAAGAUAAAGGCUUGAUCAGAAUAAGGAGGUUCCCAUCAUUGACUGAACUCAAUAUGAAUAACCUUCCAAAGCUGAGAAAAUUAUCCAGGCAGGAAGGACAAGAGCUGCUGCUAUUUCCUCAUCUCUGCAAGUUGCGAAUAAGCAACUGCCCUUCAUUUAUAUCUCUGCCAGAAAACUUACUGCAUAACCUCAAUCAUUUGGAGGUAUUGAGUAUUAGCAGGCUUGAUAAGCUUCAAAUGCUGCCUACAAGCCUUUCAAGCUUGACUCGUCUCCAGUUUCUGCACAUAGAUGGCUGUCCUAAACUUGUGUCUCUUCCACAAAGUAUUCAGAGAAUGGAAAAUCUUAAAGUCUUGUCAAUAACGCAGGGGUGCCCAGAACUUCAAAGGCGAUAUGAUAAGGGAAAUGGGGAGCACUGGUGUGACAUAGCUCACAUCCCAAAUGUGUAUAUUGUUCCGUAGGAUAUAAUCUGAUAAGACUGCUUUCUCUCUCUCUUCAACACUUGAGGUGCUUGUACGGUGAACCUUUGGUUUCUGCUGUGAAAUCGGAUUUCACGGUGAAGAUUCAUUAACCCCUCAAGUGCAAUCCACACAAAAGAAUGUCAUUGAAGCUGCAGGAGCUUGGAAGUAUUGGAUGGCUUGGCAAUGAAGCUCACAGAUUGGGCUGAGCUGGGAGGUCUGAUCUGGAUGGGAGUUGAUGCUGGAGCUUUAUGGAACAUUAUUGCUGAUAGGAAAGUGUAGGGCUGAUCUGCAAAGCUGCAGAAAUGAAGCUGUAGUGCAGGAUUGAUAGUUUAUGGUCUGUGUGCUAAUUUGCUUGCAGGUUCAAAUGUGAGAGCAUCCAUCCCUCUGUUGUCAAUAUUCAGUUCUGCCUGUUGGGUGGGUUUGAGUAGAGGUAGGGGGGGGGAUGGGUGUAUGCUUGCAUGCUUGAAGUUGCUAUCUGGUUUAAGAGGGAUAUGCCCACCAUUGUAUUGUGAAAAAGGAUGCUAUGAGAUAAUUGUUGCAGGUAUAAGGAGGAUGUGUGUGGAGGAGGGAGGCUGUUGCUUAGUGCUUGGAAUAAAAGGGCCCUCUCUGGUAACAUGCAGAGCUCUGUAGGGGAGGGUUCCUCUGAGUGCUAAGGGCAGUUUGGAAAGAUGAUUAAGAUGAUAUUGUUUAAUAUGCAGGAAGUGUGAGAGGGAGAGAGGGAGUUAGGGCCAUUGCUUUGAUCUAGACAUAAAAAGUCCCCUACCAUUUGCAGUGCAGAGAUCUGUAGGGAAGGGACUGUCUAUGGUCUAAGGGUGGUGGAGGGGAAGCUAACCAUUGCUCUUGGUUGCGCAAGGAAACUCCCAGGGGGGCUAAAAUGCAGAAUUCUAUACCAGCCUUGAGGGUGGGUGAGGGAUCCAUUGCUCUAUUCACAGGCUGUAAAGGUCCUUCUGGGAAAAAGGCAGAGAUCUGUGCAGCUUGGACUGGCCUGUGGGUAGAGGGUGGGAGGUGGAAAAGAAAAAGAAUAACAAGGAGAAUGAAAAAAGAGAAGAAAAGAAGAAGUUUGAUUUUAUUGAUGAUGUGCUUGCUUGACAAUAUUAAGUGGUGGUAGCAUGGUUCUUAUUGCAGAUUUGAUUUAUGCUUGAUUUGUAUGUUAAGGUUUGUGUAUGCAGGGCUGGAGUUUGACAAGGAUGGGAUGGUAGUGCUCACAUGAGUG